GAAGACUACCCCGUUGCUCGGGGCGGGUUCGGGGAGAUCUGGAAAUGCACCUUUCACAUCGAUCGCAGACCGGUCAAAGUUGCGGUGAAAGCAUUGCAGGUUUAUGCUGCUGAUCAACGUGGUGCAGCGAAGAUGAAAAAGAUCAAGAGAAUAAAGCGUGAACUCAAAAUAUGCGCCAAACUCAAGCAUGCAAAUAUUUUACCCGUUUAUGGUUAUACAUAUGGCUUCGGCCCAUUCCUAGCGAUAGUCAGUCCUUGGGCGGAGAAUGGUAGCCUGUCGGACUAUUUGGAACCCGAGGGUGUGGCUUUUACUCUCGUUAGAAGAUUCCGGAUUCUCAGGGAUAUCAUAGCUGGUCUGCAAUAUCUUCAUGCUAACAGUGUCAUCCAUGGUGACUUCAAUGGGCCUAACGUGCUGAUCCAUGGUGAUGGCACUGCAUGUGUUGCAGACUUCGGUCUUUCCUUGAUGUAUUCCGAGAUUAUCAGCGCCUCCAAGGCUUCCUGGACGUCCACGCUCAAAGGAAAUAUGCGAUGGAUGGCUCCUGAGCUGCUCGUGGAACAGGAGGAUGGAUCUCAAGUUCGGCCAAGCGAGCAGAGCGACAUGUAUUCAUUUGGCGGUAUCAUGCUGCAGGUCCUCACCAACAAAGUACCCUAUUAUUACCUCUCGAAUGAUGCUGCCAUCAUCCUCUGCAUAGCCAAGUCGCAAACACCCUCCCGAUCUCGUUAUGCUGAGCUCCCUGAACGAUACUGGCAGUUUAUCGAGCAAUGUUGGUCUACUGAUCCUCGGGAACGUCCCUCGACGGAGGGAGCUGACACAGCGAUCAGGAAUGAAUUUUAUUCGCUGUCCGGAUCUGGCUGAAUCUGGAACUGCCUUUCAUAUAACAGUCUUAUGCACAGUACAAUCAGAUAGACAGCAUGACAGCAUGAGACACGGUAUGCUAUUACACGUAGGCUCAUCCCCCGGACCCCUCCGAAUACUUACACACACAAAAAGACUUUUCGUUACUGGUAUCCUUCACGUUGAAGAAUGGAGGCGUGAAUCGCUAUGUUGACUCCUAUUGUCACUGCUGCAAUAGUAUGAGUCGGCUUCUUGAUGUCCUGAACAAAAGAGCUGUGUCACGAAUAUCCCAUGAAGCCAGAAAAUAUUCCAAGCCCUGUGGACCGUUUUAACAAACCCUAAACUCUAGCGUGGUGGUUGAACCUAACUGCGCAUAUUCCCUUGUUAUGCUUAUCGGAAGAGCAAGUAGCUCAUCCACACAAGUUCAUUCUACCCCGUGUCCUUCUGU